UCUCUUUCUUCUCCUCGACCCUUUCUCCUCCGAAGCAAUGCUCCGCCGCUGAACGGUCUGGGAGCCAACUGAUGUUUGGUGGAAGAUCUCCAGGUCCAUUCAUCCACCCCCGCAUGCAAAGUGUCAUCCCCGCCGCGCCAGUCGAUCUCCGCCGGCAAUGGCCAGCCAUUCACCGAUCGUCUUCAGCAAACUCACCCGGCAUUGAAUCGACCCAUCGUCUUAAUUUACCCGAGGUGGACCCAUGAUGACGAUACUUCCUUGCGGAAAAUAACCGAUGGAACGAAUGAUAGAUGUAUGAGUUCCAGGAGAACAAUGCGGUUGGCUACAAUGAUUGAAAUAGUGGCCGUGAAGACACUUGGAAAAUUGUCUCCUAUUGAAAACACCGACAGGGUUAUUGUUACGGCUUGAUUCGAACCCUAGCUAUGGCUGGUAUAAGACUGAAUGCUCUCAUUGUUCCCGCUCUUCUGCUGGUUGCUGGAAGUGUGGUCAAUGGCCUCAGCUUUGAAAUUCCAUCGUCAGCUCCAGCAAAUGCUAGUGGUCAGUUAGAUGCUACUCCUGUCGGCCUCUCCUUCGAGUUCUUCGCCUUUCCGGAGUAUUUUCAGCAGCUACCGUUAACGAAUUCAUGCUUGGGACAAUUGCACGAUGCAGCCGGGGCGUAUUCUCCUAUUCGGAUUGGUGGUACAACACAGGAUCGCGCCACAUACAAUGCCUCCUUAUUGUCGGCUGUGUCGUACAGCGUCGACUCACCUGAUGAUGCGCCCGAAACGCUCACGUUCGGUGAUUCUUUCAUGGACAUAGCCGCUGCCUACGAAGGGACGGUUACACUCGGGCUUAACAGACGACUGGACAAUGUCAGCAAUACCAUCGCGGCAGCGAAGAUCGCCAAAUCUAGAAUCGCUAAUUUGUAUGCUAUUGAGCUCGGAAAUGAGCCAAACUUCUUUACUUCGAGCGAUCCGAUUGCGGACGGUCAUGCUUGGACAGCCGCCGCUGAUGCAGCAUCUCAGGUCUCAUGGCAAGCGUCCGUAAGCGCUGGCUUAGAUGAUGAGACGUCUUUCGCCCAAGCCGGGGUCUUCUUCGGUUUGGGUUCAUUCGACGUCAGCAAUCUCGCGGAGAAAGAGGAAGAUACUGAUUCGACUCAAUACGUGCGCUCUUUCUGCCACCAUUACUAUCCACAGUCAGCCUCUACGGCAGACCUAGACGGACUGAUGAGCCACACAGAGAUAGUAGAGGGGUUGGCAGAGUUUCAGGCCCAAGUAGUAACCGCACAGGAUCUCAACAAAGAUUUUGUCUUUGGGGAAACGAACUCCGCUACUGGGGGAGGUGGCGGGAUUAGCCCUACUUUCGGUGCCGGGCUUUGGAUUCUAGACUAUGUCAUGCAAGCGACCAUCUUAGGAGUUAAGCAAUUGUUUUUCCACCAAGGGACCAUCGGGAACUGUCCAUACUGCUGGUGGGAUGAGUCGGUAAAUGCACCGUUCUACGGUGCCUAUACAGCCGCACUUGCACUCUCCGGUGCCUCCAAAAUCGCAGAGCUUGACACUGGAGAUGGUCGAUUCGCUGCAUACGUCUUUUACGAUAGCGAUGACCAGCCCAUCCGUGUGUUGUUGUAUAACUCUGAGUAUUACACCUCAGGGACACGCAGCAGUGUGAACGUGACCCUAAGCAGCAUUCCCUCGACAUCCUCGUCUGUGUCCGCAAUACGGUUGACUGGAGACGCCGCGACAACGAUCGUCGGCGAGGGGGCGAUCACCAUCGCCGGCCAGACCUUUGCAAACGGGACAUGUGAGUUGCAGGGAACCAAGGACACGGAGAAGAUCGGCACAACCGCAGGGGUAGCAACAUUCGCAGUACAGGCAUCUGAGGCGUUGCUUAUUUACGUGUAACUUCAGCCCAGAAAGGCGAUUAGAGGGUGUCAAAUCAGAUUAGACUACACCCCAUACGGACAAAGCAAGAUAUCUCGAACCAGGAACUUCCCUGCACUUGCACUUGCUGGU